UCUAUGGUGACAUCACUGCAUUGUGUGCGCGUGCGUGUGUUUGUGUGACACGUCCUGGCUUUCAGACGCGACUCAAAGCGAAAGAAGGGAGUGAAAGAAUCCACGAAAGGCCUGCAAAACAAACCGAACCGAACCGCAAGGCGUCAGGAGCACCGACCAGAUCUCAUCUUCUUGCACCAUGAAUGCGUUUGACCGCAACAUCAACUUUGAUGCCAUCUUCAAGUUCUCCCAAAUAUCUCACUCCACCCAGUUGCACUUGAAGAAUGUCUACUCCAGCUUGGCGGCAUGCAUGUUCCUGGCGGCAGCCGGCGCCUACACGCAUGUCGUCUUGCGCCUCUUCCAGGGAGGUGUGCUCUGCGCCCUGGCAUCCCUGGGAAUGAUGGUGUGGCUGGCCAUGACUCCGCACAACGCCCACACUGAGAAGAAGAGGCUGGCCAUCCUGGCGGGAUUUGCCUUCCUUAACGGUUUGGGCCUCGGCCCCACACUGGACUUUGUCAUCGCCGUCAACCCCAGCAUCAUUGUCACAGCCUUCAUGGGAACCUCCGUUAUUUUCAUUUGCUUCACCCUCAGCGCCCUCUACGCUAAACGAAGGAGCUACCUGUUCCUUGGAGGCACACUGAUGUCUGGCCUGUCUAUCCUCUUCCUGAUGUCACUCAUGAACAUGUUCUUUGGAUCGGCGAUGCUCUUCAAGGCUCACAUGUACCUGGGCCUGCUCAUCAUGUGCGGCUUCGUCCUGUUCGACACUCAGCUCAUCAUCGAGAAGGCGGAGAACGGCGACAAGGACUACGUCUGGCACUGUGUGGACUUGUUCUUGGACUUCAUUACCAUCUUCCGGAAGUUGAUGGUCAUCCUCGCCCUCAACGACAAGGACAAGAAGAAGAAGGAGAAGAAGUAGAUAAGUUUGUGUGAGCGGCUGAAAAAGAGUCGGCCCAAUUUGCGUCGCGCACUAUUUUUGACUUAAUUUCUUAAACUCGUGGUCUUACGGUCCGAUCGAAAAUGAUUUGAGGUUUUUUUUUUUUUUUCCUUAUGUUUAACUUCCAAGGGUUGAUUGUUUGUCCGUCCAUGUCCAACUAAUGCUAAUCGUGCUGGGAACACGAGGGGACUAACAUUGCAGUCAACCUAUUUAGCCUGUAGAGGGCAGCAUUGUGCCACGCAAGCGGCACUUCAGUUGAGUUUGGUCUUGUUCUAUGUGCCAACAAUUAAUACAAGAUGAUGACAGACUCUUAUUUAGCAAGUCACAUGGAAGAUAGUUUAAGUUGUGUGAUCACAUGUUUAUUUUGCUUCAUUUCUGGGUUUCUGUUUAUUAUAAUUAGUAGUAGUCGAGAGUGAUUUGGACACCCUCCCACAUGCCCUCUGAAGUAAUGCUUUGAAAUCUCUUGGACUUUUCUAGAUCCAGGUUGGCCGCGUUUGUCCAAGUUUUUGACUGCGUUUUUUCCUCUUUCUGCUUUCUUCUCUUGUAAAUUCCACAGAUGUCUGAUAGUUUGCCAAAUUAAGUGAAGUUAACCUUGCAUUUUUAGCAUAUACUGUGAAGAAUUAAUUUUGUUCAUCUAAAAGGUUAACUACAAGUUUGAUACAUUUGCCCAAAUAAAUGUGUUGAAUGCACGCAUUAUUCAA